CGCGAAGCGACGCCAAGCGGCAGUCGGGAGAGUUUCGAGCGCAUAAAGAAGAGAGAGAGAGAGAAUGCAGCAGCAGUAUCACAUACGACAGUGGUGGGGGAAGGUACAUCGAGGGUCGCGUAUCGCGAGGGGUCGCGUCAAGUUGGCGUGGGUCACCGGCCGCAGUACCGCGCGUCGCUUCGUCUCGUUCGAUUCGUUUCCCUUUCGUUCUAGUCGUCUCGUUCUCGCUUUGUGUCCUCUUCUCUCGUUUUACUUCAAAGAGAGGUUAGCAGUGACACAGUGCAAGGUAGAGGUUUCGCGACGGAGAACACUUAUCGUUUAAGAGAGAAAAAAUGACGGUUACUUGAGGCGUCGCGAAGAAUUCCAAAAAAAAAAAAAAAGAAAAUAAUAAGAAAAGAAAAACAAGAGAGAGAAAAAAGAAACACACAACAAGUAAAACGAAGUAUCGUGAAGAAUUAGAGAGGUUUGGAUAUCGUUGUCCUUCCUCUCUUUUUCUCUUUCUCUCUCUCUCUCUCUCUCUCUCUCUCUUUCUUUCUUUCUUUCUUUCUCUCUCGUUGAGAAGGAAUAGUGGUGGUGGUGGUGGUGGCAGCAGCGAGUCUCGAGGGAAGUACGAAAAGGAUGCGGUGCAUCGAGUCGUUGGCGUUCCUCGUCCUAUGCCUGCUGCUGAGGCCGAUUCUUGCGGAAGAUGGUGACUUAUAUUUCUCAGUUAGUCCUGCUGAGCAUUCGGUGGUUGAAGGACAUCCAGUUCGUUUGAGAUGCGAGGCUCAGCCGAGUACUCGCGUUCAAUACUCUUGGAAGAUCGAUGGAAAACCAUUGGCACCGAGUCCAAGAAGGCAUCACGUUGGCGGUGAUCUCUACAUAACUAGAGUCGAUCGGAUACUCGAUAGUGGAAACUUUGUUUGUGUAGCGACUCAUGUGGAAACUGGUUAUUCGAUCGAGAGCUCGCCAGCUAAAAUUGACGUACAAUGGAUAAGCGAAGCCAGCGUUCAAUUGCAGCAACCAAAAUUGCCAUCACCCAUUCAGGUUGGUGGCGAGGUCGAGCUACGAUGUCACGUCGAUGGAUCCGGAGACAUGAAAUACGGCUGGUUCAAGAACACAGCGAGUAUAACGAAAAGCGAUCGGCUUGAGAUAAAGAAGAAAAAAUUGCACAUACAUCGCGUUAUGCCAGAAGACAGCGGUAUGUACACCUGUGUGGCACAAAACGAAGCUGGGUCCUCACCGAUCAGUGACAGUUAUCCUUUGGUUGUAACCGGAAAUGAGACGGCCACAAUAAAACUCGUACCAAGGAAUUUAAUAGUUAAACGUGGCGAACCUGCGGUCUUUGAUUGUUUCUUCGAGGAUGCUGAUGUUGUUCAAUGGUUUUUCAAUAACAUAGGACCUUUGGAAUCGGACGAAGAAAAAACCGUCUUUGAUAAUGGCACCCUUCUUAUACGCGCCACUGAACAUAGAGAUCAUGGCUUUUAUUCCUGCCAUGGACAAAGGGUUGACACCACACAGACAUACACGGUCGAAUUGAGAAUCGCCUCUCUAAUGAAUCUCUCCGCGGCAUCUUUCGAACCCACUUUACCGAAUCAAGUGGCUAUAGUCGGCGAAGAUCAGGAACUACAAGUUAGCUGUUUGGAACCCUGCGGUGUACCGACUCCUAAGGUUUAUUGGAGAGAUCCCAAGGGUCAUAUUAUAAGCGACGCAGGUCCCAUUCGUGUUCAGGACAAUACGCUCAUUAUUGGGAAAGCUCAGAUAAACGAGGACGAUGGAAAUUAUACUUGCGUUGCGGAAAAUCUUGCCGGUGAAACUGACAUGUCCGUUCAAGUGAUCAUAUCAACACCGCCGACAGUGAUCAGUUCGCCAGAAUCAUUAAGCGUGAUGGAAAGUGAGCCAGUAACAAUGACUUGUUCUUAUUCCGGUAUGGAGUCACCUGUUACACAUAUUCGAUGGUUCAAAGAUGGCGAACCUUUGAAAGAAACCGGCGGACCAACCAGACAUCGGAUUACCGAUCAUCACGGUAACGUAACUUUACACUUCAAAAGCGUUGACUUAUCGGACAAAGGUAUAUACGCUUGCGAGAUAGAAACGAAGGGCUUCCUACCGAUAUUCUCCGAUCCGGCUACGUUAACGAUCGAAGAGAAACUCAAAUUUUCACCACCCCCUGUCAACAAACGUUUAGAACUUGGAUCAACCGCUAAAGUUUCUUGCAAGGCUCAGGGUGCUACGAAUCCAAUGGUAAAAUGGAUCAAAGAAGGUGACGGUGAAGAUUUCCCUAAACACGUUCAAGAUAUCAAUGGAACGCUUCAUUUCAAUGGUGUCUUGGAAGAGGACAAAGGUCGUUACACUUGCAUAGCUAGUAAUAUGCAAGGAUCGAUAAAUCAUACGAUUAACAUCGACGUAGUGAUCGCACCAAAGUUUACGAUACAACCACAAAAUCCUACCGAAGCUAUAGAAGGUUACCCAGUGAUGUUGCAUUGUGCUGCCGAAGGCGAUCCUAAACCUACCAUUCAAUGGGACAAAGACUCCCGUAUGAAUAAUUUGGAAAAUCCCCGUUUCGAGGUACUUCCUAAUGGAAGUCUUUACAUCAAGGAGGUAUAUCUUGGUGAUGAAGGAAAGUAUGGUUGCACAGCUGGUAAUAGUGGAGGUUUAAAAAGAGAGGAAGUUCAGUUAAAUGUGAAAGCUGGUGACAGCUAUAGAUCGGAUUUGGAUUUGGAAGCUGGAGACGAUGGUUCGAUGAUGACAAAGACGGUUACUAUUACUCUUAGUGCUGCCGCUGCUUACAUGGUUCUGGUCGUUGGUCUUAUGUUGUACUGCCGUUAUCGACGUCGUAGGAGGAAGCAACAGUAUCUUCAAGAACAAGCUGAGGAAAAAUUAGAGAACGGCGAGGUGCAGGAAGAACAAACGGAAUUGAAGGAGACCACUCACAAAACUAAUUCAACGAGUAAAAAGAAGGAACAUCGUGAUUCCCAGAAUAAGAGCGACGGAGCUGAUACCGCACAAAGUCAAAGUAGCAAUCAAUCGAAGAGAUCCAAGUCGAAUUACGACAAGAUAGCGGUAUCGCGUACGAAUUUGAAGGAACUUAAACCAUUGGGCCGGGGUGAGUUCGGUGAGAUUUAUGCGACGAAAUAUCAAUUGGACGGGGAUAAGGAAAGUUUGGUUAUGGUUAAAAGUUUGACCAAUACGAAGGACGAGAUUGCAUUGCAGGAGUUCAAACGACAUUUGGAUCUCUUGCAUAAACUAAAUCAUGAGAAUGUUGUCAAGUUGAUUGGAUUAUGUCGCGAGGAGGAACCCGAUUAUAUGAUCUUGGAAUAUACCGAUUGGGGAGAUCUCAAACAAUUCUUGAUCGCUUCGAGAAAGGACAACAAUACUAGUCCGUCGCAUGAAUCAAAACCACCACGUGCUCCUCAACUAUCGGUAGCACAGAUAUUGUCCUUGUCAAAUCAAGCGGCAAGAGGUUUGAAACACUUAGCUGACAGUCGAUUGGUUCAUAAGGACAUAGCCGCACGUAAUUGUCUGAUCGCAAGUAAUCUAACCAUCAAGAUAUCUCUUCCUUGCAUGAGUAAGGAACCGUAUCAUCAAGAAUACACGAAACAUCGGAACCAAGUGAUCCCUCUGAGAUGGCUACCUUAUGAAGCUGUCUAUGAGGACGAAUAUUCUACCAAGAGUGACGUAUAUUCUUUCUCCUGUCUCGUAUGGGAAAUGUUUCAUCAAGGUGAAUUACCAUUCAACAAGAUGAACGAUGAAUCCGUUCUGGCUCAAUUGAAGUCAUUGACGUUAACGUGGAAACCACACAAAGCGGCUCCGCCAACUUUGCAGGAACUUCAGGUACAAUGUUGGGCGAACGAUCCCAGAGAGAGGCCAACCUUCGACGAGGUUGUCUCGAAAAUAGGUGAAAUCGUCGUCGAUAGUUGUCUCUAAUUUAUUCGUUGUCGUCGUAAAGAGAGAGAGAGAGAGAGAGAGAGAGAGAGAGAGAAAAGGAAAAGAAAGGAAAGGAAAAGGAAAGGAAAAAGAAAAAGAAGAAAAAACGAGUCUCCAAAUUUGCUAAAUACUGCGAUAGGGAUAAUAAUUGUGUAAGGCUGUUUAAUCGCAAACGACGUUUAUUGAGAAACGUUAAGCUUGCUUCGAUGUGAAAACCGAAAAUAAUUUUAAAAACAAAACCAAACUAAAUCGUCCAAGAUUGCAAGAUCUUCAAUGUGUGUUCUCUUUCUUGUCUCGAGUGUGUAUAUAACUGAACGUUUAUAUCGUUGUUUUGAUAAAAAAAAAAAAAAGAAAGAAAGAAAAAGAAGAAAAAACAUUAGUUGAACUUUGUUUUACAUUUGAAAGAAUAGAAGAAUGUUUAGAGAGUACUUAAGCUCGAAAUUUUGAAUAUAAAUCUUUCAAUUACUGCUUUCACAUCGUUGAUCUUGCCAUAAUCGUGUCGAUAAUUAAAAUGAUCGAUAUUAUUGGCUUCUGUCGCAUAAAACGAAACAAAAUAUCAUGACUGGUCGUAAAUAAUUAAUUAAUAGGCCUCGCUGCGCAUCGCUUGGUAUCAUCGAUCAUAUAUCUACGCAUUUUGAUAUAUAUAUAUAUAUAUAUAUAUAUAUAUAUAUAUAUGUAUGUAUAUGUAUAGAAUCAUCAGGCCUUUGUGUAAAAUGGAAAAAACGCUUAUUAUUCGCUAAUUUAAUCGUUGUCGACAAAAUUUCUUGUCAUAUUAAGCGAUACGUCCACUAUGAUACGAAAAAGAAAGGAAACCAUCACUUUCGAGCAUCUUUCUUGAUAUACAGGGUGUCUCUACAAAAGAAAAGAAAAGAAAAAAAAGAAAGAAAAAGAAAAAUACUUGGUCAAGUUCUAAUCCUAUUUCGUAAUAAAAAUUGUUAUAUCAGAGUAGAUUUUAUUGUUCGUUUGAUAAAUAUUAACAAGCGAAAUAUCUCGAUAAUUAUCAAUGAUAAUAUGGCCUACUAUUGAUAAUAACACCUUUUUUCUUUUCUUUUUUGUUUUUUUUUUUUUUUUUUUUUUUAUUAAGAAUUAUCUUUAGAAUCUAACGAAUUAUUCAACUUUCUUCUAGGACAUUCUGUAUACAUUGUAGUAACAUAUUUUAGAUAUCUCGAGUGUAACGUGUGAAAGAGAAAGAAAGAAAGAAAGAAAGAAAGAAAGAAAGAAAAGAAAAGAAAAGAAAAGAAAAGAAAAGAAAAGAAAAAAAAUCCAUUGGAUUGUCGAUUGUUAUCAACGUCAAAUUAUUUCACACAUGAUGAUUUUCAAUCAUCGGAAUCACGUAAACGAGGCGUCAUGUUUUGCGUUUAUUGCAGAACGUCGCUCAUUAAUUCGCAAUCAUUAUUCGUAUUACGGUGUUUUUGUCGCGUCCAUUAGAUAAGGGUAAUAAUAUUUAUUUCCAGUUAGGAUAUCCGCUCCAAUGAAUGCUACCGUGUCCAGGUUAAGUAAUAUUAAUAUUAAUAUUAUUAAUAAUAAUAAAAAAUAAUAUAAUAAUAAUAAUAAUAACGAUAAUCAUGCAUACGAAUUCAAUACAUAUAAACGAUAUUAUAUACUUAAAUGCAAUACUUAGUAUUCAAUAUCAAUAUGUAAUAAUAAUAAUAAUAAUAAUAAUAAUAAUAAUAAUAAUAAUAAUAAUAAUAAUAAUAAUAAUAAUUAUAAUUAUAAUAAUAGUAAUAAUAGGUAUGGUCACUACAUCGAAUACUCUUAAGGAUAAGUAACUCGAUAGGAAAAUCGAAGAAAAGUAACGACACGAACGUUUUCGAUCGAUCGAAAUCAUGUUUGAAGAGAAAGAAUGUGACGAUAAUUAAGAAAAGUAUCGUUAUUACGAUUAUUAUAACGACGAACGCGAUCUUGUCUUCGCAUUAAAUUCCUUUUCUUUUUAUUUUUUUUUUCCUUUUCUGUUUCUCUUUUUUUCUUUCCUUUUUUUCUUUUUUAUUUACUCAACACUUCUUGUCAAUCGUACGUCGUUGUUGUUAGGAAAAAAAAAAAAAGAAAAAAAAUCAAGGAGAAGAAACAAACAAUAACAAAAAAUGAGAGACGGACUUGUAUAUACCGGCUGUGUAAGAUGGACUUUCUUAACGUUUGACGUUAUUUUCGCAAACGUUUCUUUUUUUUAUUCCCCCUUUUUUUUUUUCUUAUCGUACUGUAAUAAAAUUUCACUAUUUUUGCACUGUACGCGAGUGUUAGUUUUUAAGAAUCUUAAUGACGACUUCUACAUUUUUUUUUCUCGUAAUUUUUACGUAUAUAUAAAUAUAUAUAUAUAUAUUUUUUUUUCUUCUCUCUUUCUUGUUUGUACUUUAAUUUUAACUUUAACUUUUACUUUGUAAUAUUUGUAGAUAGACUUUAAAAUGAUUUUAGAGCGCGACCUCAUACCAUGCGAUUUUUAUAGCCGUUAAAGUAGAAAGGAUAAUGGAAUAAGAAAAGGAAGAAAAAGAAAAAUAAGUAAACUACAGAAAAACAGAAAGAAAAUAUUUCGAAACGAGUGAUCCCGGAUCGUACGAAACGUACAACGAAAUAAUUGAUUAAAUUUUUUUUUUCUUUUUUUUUUUCUUUGCUUGAGCGCGAGACAAAGAGAAAGAUAGAAAGAGAGAGAGAGAGAGAGAGACACGAUCAUACCGAUUAAAAUUUUCUUUUAAAGUACAACGAUCGAAGGAACAGAAUUUUAUAAAUAUAAUAUACCUAAUUUAAUCUAUCGUCGAUAUUAUGUAAAUUUAAAUUACUAUUUUAUGUUUCGAAAGUUAAAGUGAGAUAGGAUAGAACAACAAGGGGAAACGUUUCUCGUUGAAAGUCAUAAACCGUUAAAUAAUUUAAUGGUAAUCGAUGAUAGUAAUCACAGUGCAGUGCGUACGUAUCAUCUAUGCCUAAGUAUUCCAAUUACUCUUACUAUCUGAGUACUUAUGCGAGUUACGAUCGAGUAGAAAGAAAAAGGAAAAAAAAAGAACAAGAAAAGAAAACGAAACGACAACCAAAAAGAAGAAAAAAGAAGAACAAAAAAAAUAUCGAACAACUUGCUACAUAUAUUUAUACAGAGUGUGAAAGAGAGAGAGAGAGAGAGAGAGAGAGAGAGAGAGAGAGAGAGAGAGAGAGAGAGAUAAAGAUAGAAUCUGUUUAAACGAUUUUUAAGCUUCUACGAUAACCACGAAGGCACAAUGACGCACGAUAAAUAUUUAUAUUUCCUCGAUCGAUCGAUCAUUUUAUAUGUUAUCUUUUUAUACAAAAUUAUUGGAUUACAAGAGUAAUGAAACGAAAAAAAAAGAAAGAAAGAAAAGCGUGCGAUUCGCAUAAUAUAUUCGAAUAGCUAACCGUUCGCGAUGUUAACCGGCUCUGAUUGAUUUACUCGAAUUUUUCAUAUAAUAUAAUUGUAACAAUCGUAACAAUCGACAAAGUAAUAUUAUGCUACUGGAUUUGGAUAAAUUUUAUAAGGAAUAUCCUUUUAGUGCUUAUGUCAUUUUCAUCAUCGUACGACUCUGUAUACGCGUAAACGCAUAAUGUAUUAUACGUACAAACAUACAUACAUACAUACAUACUAUUCUACCGCAUAUAGGCAUACGAAUUAUCAAGAUUAAACACUGCCAAUGUUAUCUAAAUGCGAUAUUAAAGUGUCAUAAUCAUGUAACGAUAAGUGUUAGCAUUCGCGAAAUUUGUAGGAAACAAUACGAAAAUGAAUAAGAGGAAGGAAAGUAAAAAAAAAAAGAAAGAAAAGAAAUAAGAAAAAUGAACAAAAUCCUUCCUUAAACUCGCUUCCUUUAUUAAUUAAUUAAUUAAUACGAAUCGCGAGAAGAGAUCGUCAAAAACAUUUUUAUACAAAUAAUCCGAUCAUACUUUCAAAAUAAUUCAAAUCAUUCAAAUAACAAUGAGAACGAUAAUGACAAAAAAAAAAUCGAAUCCGAAACUUAUGUGUUUUCCACUUCGCGAGAAAAAGAUGAAACAAAUAAAAAAAGAGAGAGAAAAAAAAAAGAAACAAAACCGAAAAAUUUUUGGAGAUCGUUCCAGUCGACAAUUUCUGAGAUGCUUCCUAGAUGUUUAAAAAAAAAAAAAAAAACGAUAAUUAAACGCUAAGAAGUAUUCUUAUAUGUAUUAUAAGUGCGUGUUAGGAACAUACCUUGCAACGAUCUCGUACAGACUCCUCCCUUAAACCUUAAAACCUCCAAACCUCGUCCCCGUAUAUUUCAAGGUCGUGUCGAGGAAGAAAAAGAAGAAGAAGAAGGAAAAGAAAAAAAAAAGCCAUACGUUCAUAUCAUUUUUUAGAAGCUGUUUUAUUGAGAAAUAUCGUCGCGUUGUCUUAGCGAGAUAUAUAAAAAAAAAACGACCGUCUAUAUCCAACACCUUAAUGUAUCUAGUCAUGUACGUUUCGAGACGUGGCGAGUAAAAAGACAAAAAAACUGAAAAAAGAGAAAAGAAAAAGAAAAAAUAAGAAAAAUGCAAAAAAGAAAGAAAAAAAAAGGAGAAGAUCAGCAGCGAAUCCGCGAUUUAUAUACACGAACCUUUCAUAUCCUUAGGGCGCUCGGAAUCGAUUUCUUUUUUACAGUAUUUUGUAAAUAUUUGUACUUUUUUAUCUACAUACAUCGUACUCUCAUGAAUUUUUGGAAUAAUAUGUGCUACGAUUAAAUAAAAUAAAAAGAAGGAGAAACGAAA